UAAUUUCUUUUGGGGAAAAUUCUUCUGUUUUGUCAUUUUGGUUAAGUAUCUGUCUUUGGCGUGUUUUAAUAGCUUGUUAUAUGACCUGCACCUGUGAGUACUAGGAUAUUAAAAAGGGGUCAUACACUGUCCAGGGCCUGGCACUUCAGAAAGUGUCCUGCACCUCGAUCCUGCAAAGCUGUCUCCCUCUAGCUGUGGAGAUCCUUUUGCUACUCUGCAGAUUGCAUGCACUCUGCUGUUGCAUUUUGGUUGCUCUAUCCCACUGGUCAGUCCUCUACAAAGCUCUUCCUUGCUUGCAGUGGUGGAAUGUUUGGGCCUUCAACCAGGUGUGCUGUGAUUUGUUUGUUGAAAUAACCCUGGAAAAAAAAGGAAAAGGUGGGGGAAGACUGAUCCCAUAAAAAGAGAAAAAUGAAAGGGUAGAAAAGGAGACCAAAUAGAGAAUCAAAAACUAUAAAGCUAAAUCCAGAGAAAGAGAAAGGAAAAUAAAGAUAAAGAGAUAGAAAAGGCGUAGGGAAGUCGGGCCUGUUUUUUGUGGCGCCUCAGAGGCGGCAGGCUGCUUCAGGAUGAAACUGAACAUCUCUUUCCCAGCUACUGGCUGCCAGAAACUCAUUGAAGUGGAUGACGAAUGGAAACUUUGUACCAUUUUUGAGAAGCUGAAUGGCCACAGAAGUUGCUGCUGAUGAACAAGGUGAAGAAUGGAAGGGUUACCUGGUCUGAAUCGGUGGUGGCAGUGACACACAAGGCUUCCCCAUGAAGAAGGUGUCUUGACCCAUGGCCAUGUCUGCGUGCUGCUGAGUAAGGGUCAUUCCUGCUACUGACUAAGGAGGACGGGAGAAAGAAAGUGCAAAUCUGUUCAGGGUUGCAUUGUGGUUGCCAAUCUCAGUGUUCUCAACCGGGUCUUCGUGAAGAAAGGGAAGAAGGGUAUUUCUGGACUCACUGAUACUACUGUGCCUCAUCACCUGGGGCCCAAAAGAGCUAGCAAAAUCUGCAAACUUUACAGUCUCUCAAAGGAAGAUGAUGUCCACCAGUCUGUUGUGAGAAAGCCCCUUAACAGAGAAGGAGGAAGACCUCAGAGAUAAAGUGCUAUUCUCAUCAUGGGUACACACUGUCGACAUGACUCGUUAUUGGGUGCUGCCCUUGAUCUCCAGGCUGAGGUCUGGAGCCUGGAAAUCCAAGAUGAGGGUGCCACCGUGGUUGAGUGAGGGCUUCCUCCAGUCACCGACUCUUGUGUCUUAUUGUAUCCUUCUGCAUGAUGGAAGGGGCAGGCAAGUUCUCUGGGACCUCUAUUGGUCUGGGCUAGGAUUAAGAAUCAGCCACCCGUAACAAGGAUGUUUUUCUACGAAGCUGAGAAGACAGCCCCGUUGGAGUCCGCAGCAGGGAGGAGCAUUGGAGGAUAAAGGAAGACGAUAUGAAUUGUGACAAGGUCCACUUUUUCACAGACAACCAGAGUGUCUCCCUGCAGCCCCAAGGGCUGGACUCUGCGGCAGGGGCUCCUGCAGCCCCCAGGAGGCCAAGGCUUGUUCAGACCACCCUGACGGUUAUGGCUGUGACUGUUGCCUCCUUGCUGGUGGUUCUCUUUGUUAUGGUUCUACAGAAGCCAAGACUUCCUUUGGAGCCAUAUGCCUCUUUCCAAGAGUUUUCCGCCAUGAUUGCCGGAGAGGACAACACGACCAGCCAGUUACCUGUGGAACCCUACAAUUCCCACCACUCUGGCAGGGUGGCAGAGUGGCAAGAGACUAUCCAGAUGUUUAAAAGCCACGUGGAGAAUUCCAGCACCUGGAGCAUGGAGAUGCAGACGUUGACUUGUAGAGUGGACAAUGUCAGUUCUCAGAUCCAGGUGCUCAGUGGUCAUCUGGAAAAUGCCAGUGCUGACAUCCAGAUGGUAAAAGGAGUUCUACAGGUUGCCAGUACCUUGACUUUCCAGACCCAGCUGUUAAGGAGUUCCGUGGAAGGUGCCAGUGCUGAGAUCCAGAAGCUAAAAGGAGAUCUGGAAAAGGCAAACACUUUAAAUUCCCAGACCUACAGUUUCUUAAAAAGCAGUUUAGAAAAUGCCAGCAUUGAUCUCCACAUGUUGAAUGGAGGCUUAGAAAAUGCCAACACUGAAAUUCAGAUAUUGAAGGCAGGGCUGGAAAUGGCAAAUGCCCAGGCCCAGCUGGCAAACAGUAGCUUAAAGAAUGCUAAUGCUCAGAUCCAUGUUUUGAGAGGCCAGUUGGAUAGUGUCCAUGAUUUAAGGGCCCAAAAUCAGGUUUUAAGAAGCAGUUUGGAAGGAGCCAAUGCUGAGAUCCAGAGGGUAAAGGGAAGCCUGCAAAAUGCAAAUGCUUUAAACUCCCAGACCCAGACUUUUCUGAAAGGCCAUUUAGACAAUGCCAGCUCUGAAAUCCAGUUAUUAAGAGAUCAUUUCAAAAGGGCAGGUGAUGAGAUUCACUUGUUAAAAAGAGAUUUAGAGACUGUCACUGCCCAGACCCAAGAAGCAAGUCACCAUCUGGAGCAGACAGAUGCUCAGAUCCAGUUAUUAAAAACAGAGCUAGAAAAUGCCAAUGCCUUAGAUUCCAAGAUUCAGGUGUUAAAUGGUUAUUUGAAAAAUGCCAGCAGAGAGAUACAGACCCUAAAACAAGGAAUGAAGUCUGCUUCAGCCUUAGAUUCCAAGACCCAGAUGUUAGAGAGCAAUCUGCAGAAGGCCAGUGCUGAGAUCCAGAGGUUAAAAGGGGAUCUACAGGACACCAAAACACUAACUACGAGAAUCCAGGAGGAGCAGAGUCGCCUGGAGACACUCCGUGUGGCCUUUGGUUCCCAGGAGCAGCUACAGAGGACACAAAAUCAACUUCUUCAGCUGAUCCUUCAAGGCUGGAAUGCCUACAGCGGGAACUUGUAUUACUUUUCUCACGUCAAGAAGUCUUGGCAUGAGGCUGAGCAGUUCUGUGUGUCCCAGGGAGCCCACCUGGCCUCAGUGACUUCUGAGGAGGAGCAGGAAUUUCUGGCAAAGUUCACGAGUACCUCUUACCACUGGAUUGGCCUCACUGACAGGGGCAAGGAGGGCCUCUGGCGCUGGGUGGACGGGACACCAUUCAAUGCUUUCCGGAGCAGAGUGCAGUGGCAUGGAGGGAGCUGAGGAGGAGAUGGGGCUGAGGAGGUGGUUGAUGUGGCUAGGAAACUGGAUGUAUACAAGAGUUGAGCAAAUAAAUAAGUAAAUAUACUGAGGAUAACAGGAGUCAGGUUUCUCACUGUUGGAGAAGGGAGUUACAGAUUAGGGAGAAACAAGAGAGAAAUGUGAGCUAUUGGAUUGGAAUUGGAGAUAUUAGUGUGAACUCCUGCGUUUUAACCCUCUGUCAUCUAUCUACACAAAAAUAUAGAUAUAACUGUGUGUGUACACUUAUAUGUGUACAUAUGUAUGUUUCCUAUCUGCUAAAAGGGCUUAGAAGCAUUGACAUCCAAAAGGAAUGAACAACCAAGCUUCCAAAUCUUUGUUUCUAAAUUCCAUCUUCCACUAGAAUUGACUGAUUCCAUGGCUAGGCUGGGAAGAUUCAAGAUGAGCCAGGAACAUGUCAUGCCUUUUUGGUACAAGUAAGAAGGCACGCAAAGAAUGAUGGGGUCGUGUUAAAAGAACAGAGAAGCCAGCACAAAGGGGGCUCCUACAGGCCAAACCUGGAACCAUUUGAGCACUGAAAUAGUGAUCUGAAUAAAUUACAUCUUAUUGAGCAAAACAUAAAGUCAUGAGUUCAUGCUGAGAUAAACACAAAAUGAAUAAAUACAUGAGGAGAAGGAAAAGCUCAUCCCCCCAAUAGGUUGUCAAUGAUUUGGCCACAAAAUAGUGGUUAAUUCAGGCAGGAGUCAUCAAUGGAUGCUAAGGAUUUUGGUGAUUUCCUCACAAAAUAUUUAUCAGUCAAAAGGAAAAGUUAGUCCAUGUAUGGUGAAGGAACCUGGGAGACACCACCGUGACUGAGUGAUCAAGAUUAACUUCACCAGUGGUGGGACAGGUUGGCAUCAUGUAUGUCCUGGUGGGAUGCACUGAGAAAAGCCCAGCGUCCUUUCUGUGGAGUCCCUGCCAAGAAGGGAUGGCCUAGGUCUGGACAUGAGGGAACAUUGGGCAGAACCUAGGUGAGGGACAUCCUUCAGAAUGAAAGACUUCUCUUAGAAACUGUCAAGGUCAUGAUGACAGGGCAAGACUUAGGAAACACUUCAGAAAAAGAAUAAUGAAAAUGGGAAUAUUCCUAGAGAGAAAGAGGGCAAUGGAGUAAAUGUGGAAAAAUGUUAACAAGUAGAAAAUCUAGGUGAAGGGGCUACAGGACCUUUUGGUUACUGCUCUUGCAACUUUUAUUUAUUUCAAAAUGAAUUUUUAAAAGUUUUCUUUGUAGCCGGCAAAUUUUUUGUCUGGUAAAUAUAUACAUGUACAUAAGUA